CCGAGGGCCGGUGGCGGGGCUGCGGGCCUUUAUAUAAAGGGGUGUUUUUGUGUCGUUGCAGGCAGCUCGCGAGGAGCCUUCCUGCUGGCGAACGGGGCAGCCUUCGCAGCGCUCCCCGCUGGGGUGCGUUUGUUGUUCGGAGCGGGCUGACGUCGCUCCCGUUCCUUCCUCCCUGCAGCGGGGGUAACCGAGCCGCUUUCCGAGCCGCCGCCGCACGCCGGCUUCGUGUGUGCCCCGAGAUUGCCGUCGGCUCCUUUUCUUCUGAGGCCUUGCUGAGUUUUAAUUAUUUGUAGGUUCUGGUGGUUGUAAAGUAAUUUAAGAUGUUUGUACCGCUCGGUUUUAACUCGGUAAUUGACUCUUGUGUUAGGAGACGUUGGUUGGGAAUGGUUAAAUGUCCAAAGAAUUGGAUUGUUUAUGGAUAAGGGCUGUUUUAUUUGACUACUGUGGGCCUGCAACUUUAAACUUGCAUCUUUAUUUUAUUUAUUUUUUCUCAUCCUGUGCUUUUUCUGUGUUAUGGCUGCUGCAACGAUAGUUCAUGAUACAUCAGAAGCUGUAGAGCUCUGUGCACCCUGUGGGUUAUACCUUAAACCCAUUACAAAAAUGACCAUCAGUGUGGCACUUCCUCAGCUGAAACAACCCGGAAAGUCCAUUUCGAACUGGGAAGUGAUGGAAAGACUGAAAGGGAUGGUGCAAACCCAUCAGUUUUCCACUCUACGGAUUUCCAAAAGCACGAUGGAUUUCAUCCGGUUCGAAGGAGAAGUUGAAAACAAAAGUUUAGUCAAGUCUUUCCUUGCGUGCCUCGAUGGCAAAACAAUCAAGCUGAGUGGCUUCUCUGACAUUUUAAAAGUUCGUGCUGCAGAAUACAAGAUUGACUUUCCUACCAGGCAUGACUGGGAUUCGUUUUUCCGUGAUGCAAAAGAUAUGAAUGAAACUUUGCCAGGGGAAAGGCCGGAUACCAUUCAUCUAGAAGGCUUACCUUGUAAGUGGUUUGCAGCAAAGGACUCUGGCUCAGAAAAGCCAAGUGAAGAAGUCCUUACGAAAGUUUUCCAGAAAUUUGGAGAAAUACGUAAUGUGGACAUACCCAUGCUGGACCCUUACAGAGAAGAAAUGACUGGCAGAAAUUUUCACACGUUCAGCUUCGGAGGCCAUUUAAAUUUUGAAGCUUAUGUUCAGUAUCGGGAGUAUGCAGGUUUCAUUAAAGCCAUGAAUGCCCUGCGAGGGAUGAAGCUGAUGUUUAAAGGCGAUGAUGGCAAGGCUGUGGCUUGCAAUAUAAAGGUUUCUUUUGACUCAACAAAACACCUCAGUGAUGCAUCAAUUAAGAAGCGUCAGCUUGAAAGGCAGAAGCUUCAAGAGCUUGAAAAGCAGAGAGAAGAACAGAAACGCCGGGAGAAGGAAGCUGAGGAAAAACAAAGAGAGGAAGAAAGGAAGCAGAGAGAACUUGAAGAAUAUGAGAGAGAGAGAAAAAGAGAAGAAAAACUGCGCAAGAGAGAACAGAAGCAGAAAGAUCGUGAAGUUCGACGAAACAAAAAGCAGCUUGAGAAACUUCAAGCUGAAGAACAGAAGAAACUUCAAGAGAAGAUAAAGUUAGAAGAAAGGAAGCUCCUGUUGGCACAGAGAAAUCUUCAGUCCAUUAGGCUAAUUGCAGAACUGCUAAGCAGGGCAAAGACAGUAAAGCUUUUGGAACAAGAACAAAAUGAAGAAAAGAUCCGUCUUCAGCAACUAGAGGAGAAACGAAAGCUUCAGGAGGCUGAGCUCAGACGUGUGGAAGAAGAAAAAGAAAGAGCACUGGGGUUGCAAAGAAAAGAAAAAGAACUGAGAGAGAAACUACUGAACAAUCUUCUUAGCAAGAAAAUGGAUGCAGUUCACCAAAGCAAAGAAGAAACGGAAGCAUCUCAGUCUGGCACUGUGAAAACUGCUAGUGAUGUUCCACACACUGUGUCAUCCAGCUGCAUCACUUCUACCUCAGGACAGGCUGUUACAGACAAACUGGCAUCAGUCUCUCAAAGAGAACUACCAUCUCCUGAGAAUGUAAAUGCUCAAUGCAAGUAUUUGAAUGGCAAUAUUCAUGACAGAGUUGAUGUCAAAGAAGGUCAGAAACUUCAUACCACAGACUCAGAGAGGUGUUCAGAGAAAAGAAGUUCAACACUGUCAUGUGUUCCUGCCAAUAACCAGAAGCAGAAUACCUGCAGGAAGGACUCGCGCUGUGAGCAAAGCAAACAUAGCACAGAGCCAAGGAGAAGAAAGAGCCGUUCGUGUAGCAGCAUAAACACUGAUGAGAGUAAGGGUAAGCGAGAGAGAAGCAGGCACAGAAGAGAUGCAAGUUACCAGGAUGAAAGAAGGAGGAGGGAAAGGAGGUAUUAUAGACACUCUAGCAGAAGCUACAGUCCUCGACGAAGUCAUAGUCCUCGUCGAAGAAGUGUAAGCCCCAGACGUUCACAUUAUAGAAGAACUCACAGUAGUGAACGUAAACGAGACAGAAGAGAAAAAAGUCGUAGUCGCAGAAGCUCAAGCAGGAAACGAAGGUACCGGAGGAGAUCACUGAGUAAGCAGAGGAGUACUUGGAGUGGGUAGUGGAGGCCCUGACUGUUUGAAAAGGCCGUGGUUGGACACAAGGGCCAGAAAGUUGUAAAUGAGACCUCACUGGUGUGACUGCUAUAAGAAAACACUUCUGAUUCAACAAAUGCAUAACUUGCAUCUAGUCCCUAAAAUAGAUGCCUGUUUUUUUUUUUUUUGAAGUUCUGUUGUGCUUUGUUGUCUCUUUCUAGGAUUCUACCACAAUGUAGUUGUACUGCUCGUAUUUGAAUUCCUACCGUGCUAAAAGCCAACCUGUUUCCUCGAUUUUCAGUUUUCUAAGUUGUAAUUUCAGCUGAUUUACUUUUUCCUCUCUUAUGUAUGUGCCAGUUACAGGAACUCCAGUUGUGACAAGCUUUGACCUACAGAUUUAUCUAAAAGGCUUUCUGGUGUACUUAAUGAAAUCAUGUUUAACAAAGUAGAAUUUUUCCUGAUUGAGACAGAUAACAAGACUUUCAUAUGAUUCUUAAAACUGACUAUUAAGAUAUGCAGGAAAUCUUUUAAACUGCUGUGAUUCCUUCAUACAUCUGUAUAGUGCCAGGCUUUGUUGCCCAAAUUAUUCUGGUAUGUAAUGCCCUUUGUGUAGUAAUACUUUCCAUGUAAGAAAGGCACACUGGUGUAGGAAGUAAAAAUCAGUGGUAAAAAGGUUGAAAAGUUGUGUUGUUGCCUUGUUGACAUACUUAGCUUUUAAUUACUUUGGGUGGUGUAGAGCCACUUGAAGCAUUUUUUCAGGUACGUACAGAGCUAGCCAUUGUCUUUUGAAAAAGGGGCCUUCUUGCUAAAUUAUUUUUACUUGUGUUGGAAAGUAAGGCUGCAGUGUCUCUUGUUAAAUGCAUUUAAGAAUACAUUUGCUUCUAAAAUGGAGCUCAGGAAUAUGAAAAGCUAUAACAUUACAGUGAAAGAAUUUAUUUUGCCUUUUUAUGGUAAAAUUAAAGAGAAAACUGUUUCCAGUGAACUGAA